AUGUCCCAAGAGGAGGCAUCUUCCACCGUGCGAUUGGGCGCAGAGAUCUGUUUGAAUCAGUAUGAGGCGCUCGGUUUCCUCACUGCUGCCUUGGAGGCUUGGAACUCCAAUCUCUGCAGAGAAACGGGUGAAGCCCAGCGGGCUGUGAAGAGGAGCCAUAACAAAGACCUCUGCCGUUUCGUGACUGCUUGUUCAUCCACGAGGCACAUCUCGCACAAUGGCCGAGACUGUCACACGGCCCGCGGUGCCGGCCACGCCACUGCAAAGAACAAGUUGACGGGCACAAAAAUGCCUCGCCCUGGCCGACAAGCAAGAUGUCCAACGCCGCCUCCACGCAUCGGCCAGACCUAUUGCCUUCCGCUGAUGACCCCCGCCUCGGCGAUCCCGCCCUUCCGCCUUAAAGCGAGCGAGAAUGGGUGUCGAAACGUCUCAGAACUUGCUGUGAGACGGAGGUGGGACCAGCUGGUCGUUCCGCCGCGGUCUGACCCUGCGUUCCUCAGCAGAUAUUUGAGGUCUCAUCUGCCCGCCCAACACGAGUCUCCAGAGGUCCCCCUGUACGGCCUAAUGUGGCUCAGGCAACGGAUGAUGGCCGCCAGGCCGGAGACCAGAGAUGCCACUGUCCCCACUCGAUAUCUCGGGAUCCGAUCGGAGGAGACCAUGAGGCGGCGGACACCGGGGCUGCUAUCACCGUCGCCUACGCCCAUUAACGACAUCCACCUCGACCGCUUUUCCGGGACCCGCUCUUCCAGCGGGCAUCAGUCUUCGGACCCCAACGAAGAGAACGACACGAGGCAGGAGUUGGAGAUGCAGGUGACUCCCCGGCCGUCUGUGCCCUGUAGCGGGAGGGGCUCCAGUUCGUUGCGGUCUCACGGCACUAGCUCGCGCCGGAGGAGCGAAGGGGACAGCACGAGUGCAAGAACCCAACCGGGCAGGGAGUAUUUGCAGUUGCGGUGCAAGGAUGGGGAUCUCUGGAUCACGAAGAACACCUGGGUAGUCUCCGACUCCCCCCCGCGGCACCUCGAUCCCCAGGAUUCCGUGACCUUCCUCGGAACCCUGAGCCGCGUGGACGCGGCUGAUAUCAGGCGACUGAUGUUUUCGGAUGGGAUGCAGCCAUCGGUCGUUCCGAUGUACCUUGACGCGCUCAGGGCCCGCGGUGGCUCGUCUGCGCUGGACGGGCUCGACGUGACGACGCUCAGAAAGGCCUGCAAGUUCAUAUCUGCUGAUAACCCCGCCCCCCAUCCAGAGUCUUGGGCGGACUUCAUGAAGAGAGAGGCUCUGCAGCUCAGGACUAAGUGGACCUUGAUGCGUCGGGGCUUGCCUAGCUAG